GUACAGUGAAUACCCGACCCGGCCCAGGCAUGAACGGUCGGCGAAUGCCACACCGGCCAAUCCUCUCGGCUUCCGACGCGGCACGGCCUCACCGCACGGCGCGGGACGACGACAUGAUGCCGCCCUCCUCCCUCCACCACCAUCACCAUCACCACCGCCUCCUCCUCCCCUUCCCUUCCCCAACCCAAACCCUAAACCCAUUUGCCGCCUCCUUCCAUCGCCUCCACCAAUCUCCCAAAUCCCUUGCCCUAUCAGUAUCCGCUCGACCACUCGCAUCCUCUUCCUCCGCUUCCUCCUUCGCUGUCGCGGCCAUCGACGAUGACGAGGAUGUCGUCAUCGGGGACUGCAUCGUGUUCGAUGACGACGCCUUCGAGGCCCCAGACCUUGACCUCCCAUCGGCCCCGCCGCCGCCGCCGAGCACCUCCCGCCCCGGCCGGAAGGCGGCGGCGGUGGCCGGCGACAGGGAGAGCCUGGUGCCGGAGAGGUGGAGGGACGUCGAGGAGGAAAUCAACCUAACGAAGAAGGAGAAGCGCCACAUCGCGCACGGGCUGCGAUUUGGGAGCCGCCUCGAGCGGCGGGCGCCCCCGGCCGUGGCAGCGCCUGACGAGUUCCGAGCGUACCGCGAGGGGAGGCUGGAGGCGGAGAUUGGGCACGUUCGAAGUGUAUACUCAGGGCCGCUGGAGAGGACUCACCUGCCGGAGAAGUUGGAGGAGCCUCUUCCGCCGGAGCCGGGGACACGCGUGGCUCCGAGGAAUCCGAGGAUGGGGAUGGCUGUUGGCAGCCUUGAGGAUAUUGCGGAGUUUUUUAGCACCCGGGAGUAUCUGCCGGGCGAUACGGGGGACGGCAAGAGCGCUAAAAGUAGCCGCAAGCUGUUCACAAAUGAGGAGAAGGUUCUUUUGAACAAGCGAGUGCCUGAUCUCGAAGCCGCUUCUUCUAGUAAAUGGCUUCCGCUUCACACCCUUGCUGCAUCAGGAGAUUUCUAUCUAUUGGAUAGUCUUCUAAAACAUAAUGUGAACAUAAAUGCUCUUGAUAAGGAUGGUUUGCCAGCAAUUCAUAAAGCAAUUCUUUCGAAAAAGGCUGCUAUUAUCAACUAUCUCUUAAGGAAAUCAGCAAAUCCAUUCAUCCAAGAUAAAGAUGGUCCAACUCUAAUGCAUUAUGCUGUCCAAACAGCAUGCACUCAGACCAUAAAGACUCUUUUGCUGUACAAUGUUGACAUCAAUCGGCCAGAUGAUUAUGGAUGGACACCUUUGCAUCUUGCUGUACAAACACAGAGAACAGACAUUGUGAAGCUACUCUUAAUAAAGGGCGCUGAUAGAACUUUGAAAACCCAAAGCUCUGCUAAAUGGAGAACAAUUUUGUCGGUGCACUCACUUCAGGAUGGAUUAAACCCGUUGGAGUUGUGCCUCCGCUUGGGUCAUCAUGUAAGGACAUAUGAGCUUAUCAAACUACUUAAAAGCUUCCGAGGACAAAAGCAGCACGACUCAAUUCAGCACCUGGAGGGUGUAUGACUCUGUCAAAGUCACUAAAGUUUAUGGCAGAGCUUGGCUUUUUUGGGAGGCCACUUUCUUAGUGCAUCAUGGAAUUGCUUGGAGUUCUAGAUAGAAAGUAGUUUACCCUGGAAGCAAUGAGCAACGCAGGUUACAGUUAAGCCAUAAGAAUGGGAUGAGCAAAUCUUUCCCUAGGUCAGUGCUCUACAGUUAUUAGAGGUGAUCUACUGAGCUGUGACAUAUUCUAGAUAAUGAAUGCCUUAUAAUUGUUAUGAGAUUCGCAUAUGUUUUUAGAAUGGCACUCCCUUCUCUUUUUGGCCCAUUGAAUUAGUGUUAGGCGACAUUCUGCAUCUUAGAUGAUGAGGUCACCGAGAAACCAUGUUUUUCUCCUUUACGUGCAGAUUCUUAGAGCUUUUAUUCACUACUUACAGAGAUAUGCAAAGAAACAAGAGGUGUAUUUAUCCUUUUUACAUAUAGAAUUUGCCUUGAUGUAUUAGGGAAUUCUAUUAUCAAAUAUUGGAUCCAUUGUUUCCGUGGUGAAAUGGGCAUUCUUUGUUUGA